AUUUAUCCUUCCCAUCUCUCUCUCGUCUCUCCAUCUCCCCACUCACAAUCUGUUCCCCAUCAAUCAAUCUCUCUCUCUCUCAUCUCUCCUCUAUCUCCCCAAAAUCUACUCCCCUGAUUUUCUCUCAAUUAAUCUCUAUCAUCUAUCUCCCAGACUCCCACUAAGAAUAUGCUCCCUAGAUUAGGGGUGGGCAUCGGUUCGAAUUGGAGGGAUGGCUGUUGUCGGCGUCAGCGUUCAUUGGCCAGAUGGGAGUAGAGCAGAGCAAGGCGACGGAUUGGAGGGAUGGCGGCAUUUGGUUUGGUUAGAAGGAGGGAGGAGGAGAAUAAACCAGUUGCGGCGACGGACGGAGAAUAGGGGCGAGGAAGAGACAGCGGCAGUGGCGAGGCAGAUUUCAAAGAUGCUGCGGCGGCGGCGACAGGAGGGGCUGGUGGGUUUCUAGAUCUUGUGACUUGUGGGAGAGGAA